AUGUCAAAACCAGUAAAGAUUAGAGCAGGUACAACAGCAUUGUUAGGAAUUAUCGGUGAUGAGGAAACUGUUACUGGUUUCUUGUUGGCAGGUAUUGGUGAUAAUGAUCCAAAGCAUGCUGAAAAUUUCCUUAUCGUUUCCCAAAGUACUCCACAAUCACAAAUUGAAGAAGCUUUCAAAAAAUUCACUUCCAGAGAAGAUAUUGCUAUUUUACUUAUCAACCAACAUGUCGCUGAACAAAUCAGAUAUUUGUUGGACAGCUAUUCUCAAAUCACUCCAGCUAUUUUAGAAGUCCCAUCUAAGGAAGCUCCUUAUGAUCCAUCCAAAGAUUACAUCCUCUCCCGUGUUAAAAUGUUCUUCUCCGAUUAA